UCCACACACUGACCCUAUUCCGCCCCGGGCUCACCAACUUCGUAUAUUUCAUCUCACCGUGUCCUUACUCCGUAAUUACUAGCCGUUUCCUCGGAGUCCUCCCUUCGUUUUUUCUUCUUUUUUUCCCCUUUCCUUUUCUUUCCUUUCCCUCUCUUUCUUACUCGAAAUUCUGGCCCUGGCCCCUCUAUUCUGCUGCCCACCCCGAGCAUGUUCAAUGGCCUUCCAGUUUAUCGGCGGGGAGCCAUGCCCAUUGCCGCUUGCAGCAGGCGAUGGCCGCGGCCCCUGCCCAUAUCUGAUGGGAGGUAAACGGCGUGUUAGCCUUUCCGACGGCUCGGACCAACCUGAGGACUAUUUGCCGUCGUUCAAGCGAUUUAGGACGACGGACAUCUACUCUGAAGCCGAUAUUCCGCCGUCUCACUCCCCUCCGGAGCAACCGGCCUCUGUUCAAUAUCCGCCCUUUUUGAUCAUCCGAGAAAGACGGUCGCCCUCCCCAGCGGGGGCCCCCAGCGCGGAUAUGUCGGCUAGUUCCAUGGAGCGAACGGCAUCAGGCCUGUCCAUUUCAUCCGACACAGCCAUCUAUGCAACCUCCUCUCAUGAUGACGCUCAUUUACUGGAAGAUGCCGAGGCGGCGUGGCAUGUAGAGCAACGUCUGGCCGUCGCCCGUCGAAGGGGCAAGGAUUCUCAGCACGAGAGAAUCCUCAGAAGUCUCAUUCGGCCGAGAUCCCGCGAGGCCGAGUUUUCCAUCGACAAUGCGGCUUUGGAGAGUAUCUUCUCGGCCGCCAACGAAAUCUUCUUCCACAACCGUCUCUCCCGUCGCGUCGCCUGGGACUGGUCUCACGCCUCGAGCACCCAAUAUCAGCACCACAUCAUCGGCACCACGGCUCUCCGUCGAUCCCGGCUCCUCGGGGGGUUCGAGACCCUCAUCGUCUUAUCUGAUCCUAUCCUCAACGAUAAAAUGUACAACCGUCGGCUCCUUAUCUCCACCUUCCUUCAUGAGCUCAUACACAGUUACCUGUUCAUUUGCUGCGGAUUCAAGGCUCGUCACAACGGCGGCCAUACCCCUGGCUUCAGGCGCAUCGCCGAGCUCAUCGACGAAUGGGCCGGCCCGGACACUCUCCACUUGCGGGACAUGGAAGCCGACCUCGACCACUUCAAGGAGAAGCCGGAGGAUGGUGGUGGUGAUGCGGCAGAAGCCAUCAUCGACUGGCACUCGAAUUCAGCGACUAGACCCGUCAUUCUACCCGACGACUAUGAUUAUCAUCUCACCCCCUAUCAUCGACACGACCAUCUCUGUCCCGCCGACCGUCACUCCCAUUCUCGUCAUCACAACCACCAUUACCACCAUCAUCUCCAUCAUCACCAUCACCACAACCAUCGUCCCCGGUUGCAGGACUUCCCAAACAGCGGCGGAUCCACCCGAGGUCGAUGGGACGGCUGGGUCUCCGACCGCCGCGAGCACAUCCCGCUGAGUCGAUGCAGCAGGUCAGCGUCUCCAGUCUUGGCUGAAGACCAAGAACGCUCCCAAGGGACUGCCUUCCUGGGCGAGAAGAGAGCUCCUGCACCGCUCCUGUCUCCACCGGUAGAGAACGACUACCCGCCGGGGCCGUCACCAGCGCGACAGCAGUGGUACGCCGAGGACCAUUUCAGCCCCCAUCAUCGAGAGACCUAUCAUGACUGGGACCAUCGGACGGGGGCUAUCCCGCUGAGCCCGGGUAGCUCCCAGAAUAUAUACGGCUCGCCAUACGUUGAUUGAUGCACGAAUAUUCC